UCCUGAACAAUGGAAAAGGUAAAUAAUUCAAACCCUAUGAAAAUGACUGAUCUCUUUCUCCUAGCAAAUACCCAUUCAAGUAUUCAACUACAGCCACAUAUAUCAUAUAUUAUCCCUCUCCCCAAAAAUAAUCAUUAAAAAUUGCAGCAAGCUUAAUUAUAUCCUCUUAAAUCAGACAACCCCAAGGCGUAUUGCUUGCUGCUAGGACUCAAACACACACCUUAUUUUCAUGUCAAUUUUGAUUUCAAUGGAAUUGGAAAAGGAAAAGGAAAAGGAAAAGUGUAGGCAAGUUAGGUGGGAAGAUAUGAAGAAAGAUGAGAAGUGUGAAUCCAUGGAGUCUUGUUCCUCCUUGAGUGAGUCAGCAGAAGAAGAGGAUGAUGCAACAACAUCUUCAUCUUCUUCUUCUUCUUCUUCUUCAUCUUCCUCUUCACUCUUUGAAUUCACUGACCUCAUGGCUCAACUCCCCAUCAAGAGGGGUCUGUCCAAGUUCUAUAAUGGAAGAUCAGAGAGUUUUGGGUGGUUGAGGAGUGUGGAGAGUGUAGAAGAUCUAAAGAAGAAGGAGAGGCAGCAUAGUAAAAGAAUCAAAGUGUGCAAGAGCUAUGGAAAUCGCCACAUCCUUAGCCCAAACCCUACCAUUGCCAAGAGAUCAUCAUCGCCCAACACUAUAAAUGCGAUCCCUCUAAUUUAAUUUCGAUUGAAAUAUGCAGAUAUGUUCAACUUUAUAAAUUUUGUGAUCUACAUUUUGUCCUUAUUUGUUGACAUUGUUGUGGAAAUCAAUAUACAAAUUUAGCCAGGUGACUAA